UCUAUUUCCUCAGCUGCUGCCAGACCUGCUGAGUGUUUCCAGUAUUUUCUGAGUUCAGUUGGAGAUUUAUGGGCGCAAGAAAGCUAUCCGCGGGAAAGUUUUGAUUUCAGGGCGAUAGAAAUUGAGCUUAACUUCGCACAGCGUUAACUGCAUGGAAAGAUUCACAGAGAUGGCUCAGACUACAGUUCCCAACAUUCACUGGGGAUCAUGUGUCGUGACGCAGAACCGGAGCGCCGUCUCUCGACUGAUCAGCAGCGGCAGCGUGAGCAUGGCAACGGUGGAGGGGGCAAAGAAACCGGUGUUAGAAGUGGUACAGGCAGAAGGUUGUGAUGACUCCAGUGUUACAUUCGUAUUGCAUGAUGAGGACCACACUCUUGGAAAUUCCCUACGAUACAUGAUUAUGAAGAACCCAGAGGUAGAAUUUUGUGGCUACAGCAUCACUCAUCCGUCAGAAAGCAAAAUUAACUUUAGAAUUCAAACAAGAGGGGGAAUUCCGUCUAUAGAGCCUUUUCGUAGGGGUCUCAAUGAACUAAUGACCGUAUGUCAACAUGUACUGAAUACAUUUGAGGACAGUGUGAAGGAAUAUAAAGAGCAGCAUAAACAAGAAGCAAUGGAUCAAUUUUGAUACAGCAUACAUAAUACUGUACAUUUAUAUAUUUUGCAAAAUAAACAUUAAAAAAAACAAGAUAUUUUGAUAGCUUAAAA